UGUCACCGGCCACCGGCAGGUUCACAGUUGCACAGGUCUCCGGCCCUGGUCGCGCCCUCCUUCAGUCGCAGUCCCGGUUUCGCGCCCAGGAGCCCCUGGUCCCUCCCCCGUGGACGGCGGCCCCUCCUCCAGAGGCGCGGUGGUGGCCCAGGGCCCCCCGGCUCUUCCGGUGAGUCCCUGGGGGCCACGUGCGAAGCCUCUCAGCCCGGGGAGCCCGCGCCGGCCGCUUAGCCUUCGCGGGAGGACGCGGACCAGUUGCAGCCCCCGUCCUCGGCGACUCCUGGCUGUCCUGGCGGCCACGGGUCGCGAGCCCAGGGGUGACCGAGCCGCCGCGGCGCCGCGGCGGGUGGGGCGGAAUGGCGGCCGGCGCUGUGCUGGAGGCCGGCCUGGCCCGGCUGCUCUUCUACCCGACGCUGUUAUACACGCUAUUCCGAGGAAAGAUGCUAGGCCGGGCGCGCCGCGAGUGGUACCACCGCAUCGACCACGUCGUGCUGCUGGGCGCGCUGCCGCUGCGGAGCAUAACACGCCAGUUGGUUCAGGACGAGAACGUGCGCGGGGUGAUCACCAUGAACGAAGAGUAUGAGACGAGGUUCCUGUGCAACUCCUCAAAGGAGUGGAAGAAAGUAGGAGUCGAGCAGCUGCGGCUCAGCACGGUUGACAUGACUGGAAUCCCAACCUUGGCUGAUAUCCAGAAGGGCGUCCAGUUUGCUCUCAAGUACCAGUCCCUGGGCCAGUGUGUCUAUGUGCAUUGUAAGGCUGGGCGCUCCAGAAGUGCCACUAUGGUGGCAGCAUAUCUGAUUCAGAGCAUUUACAGAGUCAUGGAUAGUUUAAAGAACAAGGAAAUGUAAAGAUAACUAGCCUGCCUUUGUUUGUGUGAUGAACUGGUGAGUAUAUGACUUUUAACAGUACCAAAGCUUUGGUCAUUAGGACUUUGCUGGUAACAGGGUCUCAGGAGGCUAUUUUGGGCCAAGUGAAAAUUGACCCAACAGGCUAGAAACCUGUAUUUUCUUGGUUCUGUUGAAUUCUAAACCAGUAAGUAUCCUUAGGACACAAAGAUAACCCUCCUCGUUAAAUUUAAAAAGUGCUGUUUUUCUAGCUAUGGUGACAAGUUGCAUAAAAAUGUCUACUGUAUACUCUUUCCAGGAAACUUGUAACCAACAGCCUAGCUCAGGGAGGACAUCUAGGCCUAGGCAGGCAGAAUUUAGGAUCUCAGCUUCACUUACUCAGUCUUUUUCCAGGGUUCAGCAAAGCAAGAAUUAGGUAGAAAUACUGACAUCCCCAACCCUGUUGCAUAGUAUUGCAGGAUGGGUUGACUGAGGGGGUUGAAGUGCUUACUUAUUUAUAAUAUAUGGGACAUGGUUUUUAUUUACCCCCCGACUCCAUCAAGUUUUUUAAAAUGAGAAUCUGGGAGCCUUUUAGCAUCUGUUAUUAGGUUAAGGCCACUGCAACACUUUCUCUGAUUUCCCAAUC